UGUUGUGUUUACCCAGUAAACCAUGAUAGGAGUGGAGGCUGGACUCUACAUCGGAUCUGUGUCCGAUGUGAAGGAUCCUCAGAGCCUGACAGACGCCGGUGUAACACACAUACUCAGCGUUGACUCAGAGGAACCUGCUGUGUCUGGAUUCGACACGAAAUUUGUCCGAGCUCUGGAUGAUGCGUCCACAGAUCUCCUGAGCAGACUGGAUGACUGUGUCAGCUUUAUACGUGACGCUCUCAGCACACAAGAUGAGUCCAAAUCACCAGCAGUUCUUGUGCAUUGCCAUGUUGGGCAAAGUAGAAGUGCGGCAGUGGUGACUGCUUACCUGAUGAAAACACAACACCUGAAUCUUCAUGAUGCAUAUUCUAAACUCCAAAACUUAAAACCAGAUGUUAAGCUCCAAAAUGUGCCAAAAGAAGUCUUCGCUGUUGACCCUGCACAAACCCAGAAUGCAGAAGCUGUAUACAGAUGUAGAAAGUGCAGACGCACACUUUUCCGUCACUCCAGCAUUCUCAGUCACUGUGUGGGAGAAGGAGCCUCUUCAUUCUCUCAUAAGAAGACGAGGAUAGUGAGCCUUACAGCUGAAGAUCAGAGACAGUGCACAUCCUUCUUCAUAGAGCCGGUGCAAUGGAUGGAGCAGGCCUUACUAGGUGUUAUGGAUGGACAGCUAUUGUGUCCCAAGUGCAGCUCAAAGCUGGGCUCGUUUAACUGGUACGGUGAACAGUGUUCGUGUGGGCGCUGGGUGACACCGGCCUUCCAGAUGCACAAGAACCGAGUGGAUGAAAUCAAACACAUCAGUAUAUCUGCACUCAAAUGACCAACAAAUAAAGAUCUGUAUUG